CUGGUUUGUUUCUACUCCAAUUGUAAAUAUGCUAUUGAGUUGGUUUGUUUGUCGAAACUCAUCACUUAAGUAAAGCGGCCAAACUGAGGCCGCCUUCCAAAUGUUUGAGAAAAUGCUGCAUGGAGUAAAACAAUUAUCUUUUUACUCCGGACUGGAAACAGAAUCUUCUUUUCAAUGUUUGGUAUAGUUGAACUACGCUUGUUGGUCAUAGAGUGUUGGCGAGUUUUCUAAUGUAUGCCGUUGUGCGUGUGAAAAUAAAUAUAAGAAUCAAGGAUAUAGAACAUAACGAAGAAAGUGAUAGAUGGCAUUAAGACGAUUUUUUGGGUUUUCCGAUGGCGAGUUGAUGCGGGCGGAUGCAAAACCUUGUUCCAGAUUGAUGAGACAAACAGCUGGGAUUUUUACAGUCGGAGGAGGAUUAGCAUUUUGGAUUCUUUGUAGAUUGCAUUAUGGUCCCAGAAUUACGGUUCCUAGAAGUCUUCGUUGGGCAACUUGUGGAGCAGUAUCGGUCAGCUCAACCUCCGCUUUACUAGUUCGCUUAUUUAGUCCUGAAUGUGAACCCCAGAACAUAGCUGCUUAUGACAAUAACAAGUAGUGCUAGGUUGAAGCUCGUCUUAAUAUGUUUUCUCAGCUUUAUAUGAAGGCCAAGAUGGACAACUAAUAAGAUUAAUGUUCUUGGCAUGCAAUGUUGUUGUUUAAAAGUGCACUGUUUGUCUCACAUUGGCAGGUUUUGAUGACCAGGUUCCUAAAAUGUUCCUCUCA